GCCAGUUUGGCUGCCGUAUUUCUUCUUCCCUCGAUCCAGCCUCCAGGGGUGCUUUGGUUUCGCCAGAAUGCUGCAGACACAGCAGCCAUGAAAACUCUCUGCAACAACAAAACUAAAUCAUUCAAAUGAAAAUAAAGAGAGUGUGCAAUUAUGAUCAAUCAUUUCAAGAGUCCAGUAAGAUUCUUUUCUCCCUCUAUGUUCCUCGCGAAAUCCGUCUCUUUCUCAUCAACCAAACACCCUUCCUUGUCCCCUUCCAUUCCAAAACCCUAUCAAAACCCGAUUCCGGUAUCACCCAAGUCCUCCUCUACUUUUCAAUGUAUCCACUCGAUCACCAUCCCACCUUCGAAAUCCUAUCUAUAUGCCUCAUUUUUCUGCACUCUUAUACACCUCUACUUGACAUGUGGCAGACUCUCUAAAGCUACUAACACAUUCUAUGACAUGAGAAACUGCAAUAUUAUUCCUAGGUUGCCCCUGUGGAAUCAGCUCAUGUACCAGUUCAAUGCCUUUGGCUUGGUCUCUCAGGUAUGUGAUAUUUAUACUGAGAUGUUGACUUGUGGAGUUUUGCCGAAUGUUUUCACCCACAACGUUUUGGUGCAUGCUUGGUGCAAAAUGGGUAAUUUGAUUUUGGCCUUAGAUUUACUUAAGAAUGUCGAUAUUGAGGCUGAUACAGUUACAUAUAACACAAUUAUUUGGGGUUUUUGCCAGCAAGGUUUAGCCAAUCAGGCUUUUGGAUUUUUGUCAAUCAUGGUGAAGAAAGAUACAUUCUUUGAUUCUAUUACUUGUAAUACUUUGGUUAAAGGCUAUUGUAGAAUUGGGUUAGUUAAGUAUGGAGAGUGGGUUAUGGGUAAUUUGGUUGGUGGAGGGAUUUGUAAAGACAUCAUAGGCUUUAAUACAUUGAUUGAUGGAUAUUGCAAAACAGGAGAAAUGAGUUGUGCGCUCAACUUGAUGGAAAAAAUGAAGGAAGAUGGUGUGCUGCCUGAUAUUAUUAGCUAUAAUUCUUUGAUUAAUGGGUUUUGUAAAAGAGGUGAGUUUGACAAAGCUAAGUGUCUUCUUGUGGAAAUAUUGGGGUCUAGGAAUGAAAAAGAUUUUGUUCUUUCACAUUUUGAUGAUAGAAGCAAGAAGGAUGGACAUGUGGACUUGGAACCAAACCUUAUCACACACACCACCCUUAUAAAUGCAUACUGUAAGCAGCAUGGGCUUGAGGAAGCACGAGCUUUGUAUGAAGAAAUGGUCAUUAAUGGGAUCUUGCCUGAUGAAGUUACCUAUAGUUCUAUUUUAAAUGGCCUUUGCAAGCAUGGGAAAUUAUUUGAAGCAAAAGCACUUUUGAGAGAGAUGGAGAUGAUGGGUGUGGAUCCCAAUCAUGUUGUUUAUGCUACUCUUAUUGAUUCAUUAUUUAAAGCAGGGAGUGCUUGGGAAGCUUUUGUCUAUCAAAGUCAAAUGGUGGUUCGUGGAAUUGCCUUUGAUUUGGUUAUAUGCACCACAUUGCUGGAUGGGCUUUUUAAGUCUAGUAAGCCUGAAGAUGCAGAAGACAUGUUCAGGAUUCUUUCAAAACUUAAUCUUAUUCCAAAUGUCAUCACUUAUACAGCAUUGAUUGAUGGGCGUUGCAAGUUGGGAGACAUGGAAAGUGCGGUGUCUCUUUUACAAGAAAUGGAAGAGAGACUUAUUAUUCCAAAUGUCAUCACAUAUUCUUCUAUUAUAAAUGGUUAUACAAAGAAAGGAAUGCUUGAUGAAGCUAUCAACAUUGUGAAGAAAAUGUUGCGUCAAAAUAUCAUGCCAAAUGCUUACAUUUAUGCUACACUAAUUGAUGGCUAUUGCAAGGUUGGUAAACAAGAAAUUGCUCUUGAUCUCUAUAAUGAAAUGAAAUUGAGUGGAUUGGAGGAGAACAAUGUUCUACUUGAUGUUUUUUUAAACAACUUGAAAAGAGGUAGAAAAAUGGACGAAGCUGAGGGAUUAAUCAAAGAUAUGAUGUCUAGGGGCUUACUAUUGGAUCAUGUUAACUACACAUCUCUAAUGGAUGUCCUCUUCAAGUUGGGAAAGGAGUCUGCUGCUCUAAAACUAGUUGAAGAAAUGACCGAGAAAAGUAUACCAUUGGAUGUUGUUGCAUAUAAUGUGUUGACAAACGGUCUCUUAAAACUUGGAAAAUUUGAAAUCAAAGCUGUUCAUACUCAAAUGGAAGAGUUGGGUUUAUCUCCUGACCUUGCUACAUAUAAUACCAUGAUUAAUGCAUACUGUAGGCAUGGGAAAUUGGAAAAUGCCUGUGAACUAUGGAAUGAGAUGAAGAGCCAUAAGAUAGUGCCAAAUUCAAUCACUUACAACACCCUGGUAAAAGGGCUUUCUGCAGCUGGUGAAAUUGAAAAUGCAAUAAAUGUUAUGAAUGAAAUGUUGGUUAUGGGAAUUCAUCCUAACUUCAUCACCCAUAGGGCUCUGCUUGAUGCCUCUUCAAAAAGUGGAAAGGCGAACAGAAUCUUGCAAAUGCAUGAGCAACUUAUUGGUAUGGGACUUAAAGUCAAUCGAGAAGUUUGUAACAAUUUAAUUGUGGUCUUGUGCAGGCUGCGUAUGACUAAGAAAGCCACUUCAGUAUUGAAAUACAUGAUUCGAGAUGGAUUUGUACCAGAUACUAUCACUUACAACGCUCUUAUACGAGGAUAUUGUGAAGGCAGUCAUGUUGAGAGGGCUUUGGCCUCAUAUACUCAGAUGCUGAAUGAAGGAAUUCCACCAAAUAUUAUUACUUACAAUCUCCUUCUAGGUGGUCUCUUAGGAGCUGGUUUGAUGACAGGAGCGGAGAAAUUAGUUGAUAAAAUGAAGGAGAAUGGAUUGAACCCUGAUGCUUCAACAUAUGAUACUUUGAUCUCUGGCCAUUGUAAGUCAGGAAACAAGAAGGAAUCCAUAAAGCUUUACUGCAAAAUGGUUGCCCAAGGCUUUGUUCCCAAAAUCAGCACUUAUAAUGUUCUUAUGAAUGAGUUUGCAAAGGUGGGAAAGAUGGACCAGGCUAGAGAGCUUCUGAAUGAGAUGCAAAUGAGAGGCGUUCCUCCAAAUUCUUACACUUACAACAUACUAAUCUGUGGAUGGUGCAACUUAUCUAAACAACAAGAGUUAAGCACAAUAUUGAAAAAGGCAUACAGAACUGAGGCAAAAAUAUUAAUCACAGAGAUGAAUGAGAAAGGAUUUGUUCCAUGUAAAAGCACUAUUGCUUGUAUCUGUUCUACUUUUGCUAGACCAGGAAUGAUGCUUGAUGCCGAGAAACUGUUGAAGGAAAUGUAUAAACGAAAGAGUAGUUAAUAGAGGCAUGGAACAGAGAAAAGCAUAGUUAUCCGGUUAUGUGCCAGUGGACACACGUGUUGCUGCAGUUAUCCCAGUGCUAUUCCUGUCUGAUGCUUGCUCUCAAAUGCUUAAGAUAUGCAUCCACUGGUAUUGGCUUCUCCUAAUGUUUUUCUGUACUGCAGUUUCCAUAGUAUAUCUUUUCUCUCUCUACUGAGCUGUUUUAUUAAUAACCGAUGUUUUAGACUUUUUUGGUUUUCUGAUUUUCUGAUGAAGGUUAACUGGUUAAGACUUAGGUGGCAAAUGGUUUUGGGAAUGUACUUCUAGUUCUUGCUGCGACUAAUUUGGUAAUAUCAUUCUUGAAAUUAACUGCUUCAGAACUCCUCACUGCUCCUUUUGUUGGGAAUACGGGCUAUGGGGGAGUGGACAUGAUAUAUCAAUGCACUACUGAUUCAAACUGGAAAGCAGAUUUCAGCUCACCCAGUAGGAUUCAAACCCAGAUCUCUUAGAGGUCUUAAGCCUUUACCAUCCAGGUGUCCCUUAAGUGACGUAAAUGCAAGCUAUAUGUGAAAGUUCAUCAAAGGAGGCUCUCAUUCUGGAUUUUUCUCUCAUGUUCUCGCCUUUGGAUCCAAGAUAUUGUUGCUUUAGAGCAUGCUUUUGGUUUCUCACAUUUGAACUUACCAUUUAGAAUUGACGGUGAUAAGAAAAAGAAAAAGAAGCAGAAGCAGCAGCAGCAGCGCCAAGGUGAGGAGGAUGAAGUGAAAGCACUCUGAGGCGACUCUGGGAAUUAUUGGGAAAUCAGAGCUUCAUAUUAUCUGAAUGUUUGAAAUGGGAAUUCAAUGAAGGCUGGAAGGGUUGUCACGAUAUUAGCUGUUUUAAUGAUGUUCAUCUUUCUAACAUUUCAAGGAGAAGUGUAAGAGCUCUGACGUUGACAUGAACAAGUCGCCACCACAUGUCCAGACGCAUCAGUGCAAGACUGAAGAGGAAUAUCAUCACGCAGAUGGAGAUUGGGCGCAGCUGACAGUGAACCUUCCAUAGGCACUCGGGAGGAUGUAUGAGAAGCUUCAACAGCAGAAUGUGACUUAGAAACAGGGAGUUACUGAAUGAGACUCAGGAACACGGUGUUGGCCAUAUUUUCAGUUGCACCUACCAGAUACUCUAUAGCUGGUGUUGAUAGAAUAUUGAUUCCUUAAGACAUGAAUGAUAGCAGGUUCUGAUAGAAACCACUUGUGAUUCCCCCACACAACCUGUUCUGAAGGAUAUUAGAGGAGGCCACUACGGAAACAGCUACCUGCUGCUUGCGUUUUGUUUUCAAAUUUCGGGCAGUGUAUCAUAUGGGAGAUGAACCUAGAGCAGAGCGGCUUUCGGAGUAAGGAACUAUUUUGCUCCGUAACUUCAAUGAGCCCCUCAACAAUCGAGUAUUAAGAAUACCACCUCCAGGUAUUACAAAUAUUAAUUAUAUCCCCAUCCUAGUUUUCUCUUACCAUAUUGAUUAGGACUAAUAA